AUGGCUAAGAAUAUGGUUUUGGGUCAAGCGAGAAGUGAUGCGUACGGAAUUUGUGAAAAACUUAACUCAUUGGGCUUUGUCUUUGAUUGGGUGUUAAUAAGCUGUUCUGAUCUACAUCAGAGAUUUAGAAAUCUAGAAACAACCCCAAUCUUCUGUAUAGAAGAUAUAGAGUUUGGUGAUAUCAAUUUAUGUUUAGGUGUAACGGAGGCCGACAAGACAACGAUUGUUACCUUACACAACCAGUUUAGAGCCGAAGUAAAACCUACUGCUAGCAACAUGUUAAAAAUGAAAUGGAAUAAUGAAAUUGCCAAAGUAGCACAGAAAUGGGCUGAAAACUGUGAUUUUGUCCACGAUUCUGGGAGUGCAAGAGCAAUUCCAGCACGAUACGGCGUUGGUCAGAAUUUAGCGUGGGGUAGCAGAAGUUUCGAGGCUGCUAUAAAUCUGUGGCAAGAUGAAAAAGAAGAUUUUACAUACGGUGCAGAUGGUAACGAUUUCAAGAAAACUGGCCAUUAUACACAGAUAAACUGGGCGAUGAGUAACUUGGUCGGAUGUGGCUAUGCUAAAUGUGGAACAACCAAUUAUUAUGUUUGUAAUUAUGCUCCUGCUGGUAAUAUAGGAAGUCGAUUUAAAACACCUUAUAAACAAGGAGAACCAUGUGCAGAUUGUCCUGAUAAUUGUGAUUCAACUGGCAAAUUAUGUGUUUGUGAAAAUACAUGCUGGCACGGGUCCAACAUGUCUGUUUCAGACUGUAAAUGUGACUGUAUAACAGAAUCCUAUGUUACGGACAGCUGCAAAAUUGAUUGUAAUGUAGAAGAUUCUAAAACAUGGUGUGGUGACAAUGGUGUUAGUUGUACUAAAUUUGCUAAAUAUUGUCCUAACAAAUGUAAACUUUGUCCAGCUGCUGAUUAUAGAAACGUAGAGAAGGAAAAAGCAAAAUGUGAUGGUAUAAAAACGGCCCCAGUCGUCCUACUGAUAUUAUUGUUGGCCACUCUACUGAAUAUUUGUUAA